AUGGUCAAGGAUACCAAGUUUUACGAUGUUUUGGGGGUGGACCCUAGUGCCUCUGAGGCCCAACUGAAGACCGCGUACAAGAAGGGUGCCCUGAAAUACCAUCCCGACAAGAACGCUUCCAACCCGGAGGCGGCCGAGACAUUCAAAGAGCUCUCCCAUGCCUACGAAAUCCUUUCCGACCCCCAGAAGCGUCAGGUCUACGAUCAAUAUGGUGAAGAAGGCCUCGAGGGCGGUGCCGGCGGUGCCGGAAUGAACGCUGAGGAUCUCUUUGCCCAGUUCUUCGGCGGCGGCGGUGCGUUUGGCGGUAUGUUUGGCGGCGGCAUGCGUGAGCAGGGCCCCAAGAAAGCCAGGACGAUUCACCACGUCCACAAAGUCAGUCUCGAGGAUAUCUACCGAGGAAAGGUGUCCAAGCUGGCUCUGCAAAAAUCAGUCAUUUGCCCUGGCUGUGAUGGCCGCGGCGGCAAGGAGGGUGCAGUCCGGCAAUGUACAGGCUGUAACGGUUCGGGUAUGAAGACUAUGAUGCGCCAAAUGGGCCCGAUGAUCCAGCGCUUCCAGACCGUGUGCCCCGACUGCCAGGGUGAAGGUGAGAUCAUGCGCGAAAAGGACCGCUGCAAGAAGUGUAGUGGCAAGAAGACUAUUGUCGAGCGCAAGGUGCUCCACGUUCACGUUGACAAGGGUGUCAAGAACGGCCACAAGAUCGAAUUCCGAGGCGAGGGUGAUCAAAUGCCCAAUGUACUGCCUGGAGACGUCGUGUUCGAGAUUGAGCAAAAGCCUCACCCUCGAUUCCAGCGCAAGGAAGAUGACCUCUUCUACCAUGCCGAAAUCGAUCUACUCACGGCUUUGGGUGGCGGUACGAUCAACAUUGAGCACCUCGACGACAGAUGGCUUUCCGUAAAAAUUGCACCAGGCGAGCCCAUCACACCUGGCGCAAUUAAGAUGAUCAGGGGCCAGGGUAUGCCGUCGCUCCGACACCACGACUUUGGCAACUUGUACAUCCAAUUUGACGUCAAGUUCCCGCAAUCGUCGGAUUUGCAAAACCUCGAGCUUCUUGAAAAAGUCCUCCCCCCUCGCCCACAACAACCACAGCCUCCUCAAGAUUCGAUGGUUGAGGACUUUGACGUGGAAGAAGUCGACCCAAGCCAGAGCGCCCGGGCUCAGGGAGCCGCCUAUGAUGACGAGGACGAGGACGGAGUGCCUCCAGGUGCCGAACGAGUGCAGUGCGCGUCUCAGUAA